AUGUGGCGCUCUGAUUUCAUUAACGAAUAUGCUACCGAUCGUUCAUCGGAAUUAGUUUUGUCUGUAAAACCACGCUCACCUUCCUCUGUGCAGAGCUCGUCUUUUUCGUCUACGGUUAGUGAUAAUGAGCUUGAGGGGUCGUUUACGUCGAGGCCAUCUUCCUGUUGUUCAACUCAGCAAAAUCCUGGCGCCGGAUCUGUAACUCAUUCGAAGCUUCUUAUGAAUUCACAAUCCACAUCCUCUCCAGAAAAAGCGACAUCUGUUAACAAAGUCUUUGACAAGCUCGGAGCUAUUCGAAGUCGCCGGAAUGAUAACGAAGGCGACAGUGAUGAGGAAACGAUGGAUGAAGACAGCAACUGCAGCUCUAACGAAAUUUCUGGCUUUAGUUUUGGGAACGGUAUUUCUGUUUCUAAAAGAAAUAGUGGAGGUUUCGGUGAUGUACCAUGGCGGUCUCCCCACGACUCUUCGUCAACAUCAGCUGAUGGAGGAAGGAAGCUUUCUUUCACUGGCAGUUCUUUUCGAAAGACUACUCCUUCUCCUUGCACAUCUGGCCGUUCUUCACCCAUUCCUCGGGUCGUUUGUGCGGCAGCUCCCCGUUCUCGUAUUGCGAGCAUUCGACGUGAAAGCAACUGUUCGGUUGAAACAGAGGCUGCUCAUGAAAAAUUAGUAAAAACUGCACAGCAGGUUUCGGCAACGUUUGACGAUAUCAGUAUAGCGGAUGGAGAAAGAAAAAGAACACAUUCCUUAUCGGAACCGAUAUCUAUAUUAACGAAUGCUUUUUUACCACAUAGUUGUUCUCCCUCGCCAACUAGGCCCGCAGAAAUACAAAAGCAGUGUUAUUCCCCGUCUACUCAGCAGAUAGUACGCAAUAAUAUUACUUACUCUCCAAGUCCCAGUCCAACUCCUAGUCCAACCAGGCGAAUAAUGCGAAGUUUGAGUCCUAUUGUUUCUCGUCAAAUUACGAAAAGGCGUUACACUUGUUCAUCUGGAAUAGAUGGAGAGGGUGAUUCAAGUUCCAACUCAAAGAGGGUCUGCCAAGCUCCUACACUAAUCUACAGUUGUUCAUCGCAACCAGUGUACGAGCGUAAUGCUGCGUAUUCUGUUCCUUCAGUAGAAACUUCUUCAACGUCUUCUCUGGACAGUCUGAACGGGUCUUUUUGUACUCCUCGCCCUCCGUCAAAACCAUCUGCGGAAAGUUUUUUGGAGAGGCAGAAAGCAGACCAAGCUUCUAGUGCAAUGGAUUCAGAUGAAUGCAGUAGUGUCACAGGCGGAGAAGAAUUUGUUGCUGAAACUUUUAACACUCAUCCUGUUUUGGAAACUGUUAAAGAUAGUUCUUCUGUACAGAAAACUUUGAUUGGAGAAGAUCCUGAUUCUGUUGUGGUUAUGGCUGUUGAUAAUUCUUCAAGUGAACAUUGA